ACGGUUCAGACACUUGCCAGGAAGCAGAAGCGCAGCUCAGUAUUGCAGAUAUGAAAGAAGAGUUUUGAGUCUGUUUGCAACUGUUUUCCUCUCCUCCCACUUCACUCCACCCAUCAAAGGAGUGGGGGACGGUGAGAGGACUAGUACAGCUAGUCAGCACUAUGAUUAAGUCUAGUCAAGACCUGUAUUGCCGGAGAGGAGGAAAGGCAAGGUGUUGUGAAUGUAAUUCUGUUCUUGCUGACUGGUACUAUGAAAGAGAUGGACAGUUCUUCUGUAAGAAACAUUACUUGUCUCGGUUUGGGGAGCAGUGCUUUGGCUGCAAGGAGUCCAUCAACACUGGUCCCAUUAUGGUGGCUGGGAACAAUAAAUACCACCCGGAGUGCUUUCUCUGUGAAAGCUGUGACGUCUUUAUUGGAGAUGGUGAUUCUUUCACUUUAGUGGAUUAUACCAAUUUAUACUGUGGUCAAUGUCAUUACCAGAAGUUGUCGACACAGCAUUUGGCAGCAAAAGGGUCACGGCUUCCUCAUACGGUGACAUCAAUGUCAUUCCCUCCCUCUGCAGAAAGCAGACGAGGUUUAUUCUUUACUGUGGAGAAGAAUGACAAAGAGCAUUUGGUCACUGUGUCUCAGCUGGACUUGCAUGACCUGAGUGCUGAAGUUAAACCCUUGAUCCAUGUUGGAGACCGGAUUCUUGAGAUCAAUGGAAUCUCUGUCCACAACAUUCCACUUAAUGAGAUCAAUCUGGUGAUUCAUGAUACAGAGCACUUGCUACAAAUCACUAUUGAACACAACCCUAAAGACCACAUGAAACAGGAGGACCUGUCUGGCCUGCUGGGAGAAGAACUGGACCAGCCUGGAAAACUAGGCCUCUUUCCCCUUCCCAACAACAGACAAAUAAACCAUCGAUCCAAAAAUAUUUUGCGCAGUUGCAGUAUUGAUAAAGUUCCAUGUUUGCAACGACACGCUGCACUUCUUUCCCACAGAAGAGACAUUAAUCGUUCAGAGUCUUUGCGUUUUGACGCUAAUGACAAAACGCAACGAAUCUUCCGACCUUCCGACCUAAUAUAUGGGGAAAUUUUGGGAAAAGGCUGUUUUGGACAGGCCAUAAAGGUGACACAUUUGGAGACAGGAGAGGUCAUGGUGAUUAAGGAACUUCUUCAAUUCGAUGAAGAGACUCAGAAAACAUUCCUGAAAGAGGUCAAAGUAAUGAGAUGCCUUGAACAUCCAAACGUCUUAAAGUUCAUCGGGAUUCUCUACAAAGACAAGCGGCUGAACCUCAUCUCUGAGUAUGUGCAAGGGGGAACGCUGAGGGACACCAUCCUAAAAAUGACCUCUGAUCACCCUUGGAAUCUUAGAGUGAGCUAUGCUAAGGACAUCGCUGCUGGAAUGGCUUACCUACAUUCAAUGAAUGUCAUCCAUCGGGAUCUGAACUCACACAACUGCUUUGUCCGAGAGAAUCAGACUGUGGUAGUUGCUGACUUUGGUUUGGCACAACUUAUGAAGGACGAAAAGACCUCUUCUCCUGGACAGAUGUCCAAACUGAACAAGCUUGGGCGUAAGAAACGGUAUACGGUGGUAGGAAACCCUUAUUGGAUGGCACCGGAAAUGAUUAACGGUAAAAUUUAUGAUGAACGUGUCGACAUUUUCUCCUUUGGGAUCGUGCUUUGUGAGAUUAUUGGAAGAGUAUAUGCCGAUCCGGAUUUCCUCCCUCGCACGCAGGAAUAUGGAUUGAAUGUGAAAGAAUUCCUGGAGCGCUGCUGGUCCAAAGAUUGUCCUGCUGCUUUCUUUCCUAUUGCGGUUCUGUGUUGUGCACUGGAAGCUGAAAAACGUCCUGUUUUUGCCAAAUUAGAGGAGUGGCUGGAGAAUGUGAUGAUGCACUUGGAGAUGGGACUUCCUCUGAUGUCAGAAUUGCUUAAGGUCCGACAAUCCUUUUGGGAGAACCACAGCCAGCCAAGACCUUAUGGGAUUUCUUCAAAACACAUGGAGAACUCAGCCUUUGGCAGAAGCUGAGGCUACACAUAUGGCCAUACGGACAUUUUCAUAAUGUUUAAAUUCUCAGACUAUUAUUUACAGGGACUCUCAUAAAAAAGGUGUAUGAUUGUUAUUACACACUUUUCUCAGCGAAUUCACUUUUCUGAGCCAUUUUUGCUUUUUGUCUUAUUUUGGAUGAGAAUAUACACUUAUUUUUAUGAAAUCUUUUGCUUGAAAAUAUUGUUUGUGGUAUCUUUCAUAAUGCAUUA